AUGACAUCGAGUUCUGUGGUUAAAACCCUACAAGAAAUACUUAAUGUUCAAAUAAAAAGCCAAAAAUUUAGUCGUAUAUUUGAUGGAAUUCGAGUUAUUGCAGCUGAGAAACCUGGUCGAGUUCAAUGUGAAAUUGAUAUUGAAGAAAAACAUUUAAAUCGAGGAAAUACAAUGCAUGGAGGAAUGGUCACUUCACUCGUUGAUACUGUUUCCACAUUAGCUUUGGAAAGUACUAAAAAUCAUCCUAUUGGUGUAUCAGUUGAUUUGAGUGUCUCAUUUUUAAAAGCAGCAAAACCAGGUGAAACCAUCAUCAUUGACGCGGAAACGAUCAAACUAGGAAAAACAUUAGCAUUUUUAAAUGUUGAAUUGAGAAAUAAAAAAACAAAUGAGCUAAUUGCAACAGGAAAACAUACAAAAUUUUUAAGUUAA